AUGGAUCGGCACGGUCGUUCGAUGAGAGUGGAACCAGAGCGAACGAGAAGACAACUCAGAACUGCUGGAUUUUCAGAUAUCCACGAUUGCUCAAUCAGGGUCGGCUUCACUCCUUGGUCGGAAGACCGUCACGAGAGAGACGUAGCAUUAUGGUUUGGGGCUGGUUUUAGUCGCGCCAUUAAAGCCCUGUCCUACGGCCCUAUGAGCUUGUAUCUUACCAUGUCUAUCAAGGACAUCGACCUGCUUUGCGAAGCCGUUCUCGACGACUUACGCACUGCACGAUACAAAGCCUAUUGCAGAAUCAAGGCACUCUUAAUCACGAACCGUCUGGAGGCGGAUCAUACCAGCUUCUUCGUUGGCGCGGACCGCCUCAUUCCUCCCCCCCUCAAAACUCCCGUACAUGGCCAACCUCCCAUGCUGAACUGUUAG